AUGUCAUUCCGUAGCAUAGUUCGUGACGUUCGUGAUAGUUUUGGGAGCUUAUCUAGGCGUAGUUUUGAUGUCAAACUUACUGGUCAUCAUCAUAGAGGAAAAUCUCAUGGUUCGGUACAGGAUCUGCAUGAUCAGCCGCUUGUAAUUCAAAAUAGUUGCUGGGCGAGCUUACCCCCAGAAUUACUCUUUGAUGUCAUUCGACGGCUAGAGGAGAGUGAGAAUACUUGGCCUUCACGGAAGCAUGUAGUUGCUUGUGCUUCUGUUUGCCAGUCUUGGAGGAAUAUGUGCAAGGACAUUGUUAAGAGCCCUGAGUUCUGCGGCAAACUUACAUUCCCCGUGUCCCUGAAGCAGCCUGGGCCGCGAGAUGGAAUCAUUCAAUGCUUUAUCAAAAGAGAUAAAUCUAACUUAACAUACCACCUAUUCCUUUGUUUGAGCCCCGCUUUGUUAGUCGAAAAUGGAAAAUUCCUCCUCUCUGCUAAGAGGACAAGAAGAACAACCUACACUGAGUAUGUUAUUUCCAUGGAUGCUGACAACAUCUCUAGAUCAAGUAAUACUUACAUUGGAAAGCUGAGAUCAAACUUUCUUGGAACAAAAUUCAUUAUAUAUGAUACACAGCCUCCCCACACUUCUGCCCAUAUAUGUCCUCCGGGAAUUGGGAAGACGAGCCGGAGAUUUUCUAAAAAGGUAUCGCCUAAGGUCCCAUCUGGGAGUUACAACAUCGCUCAGGUAACAUAUGAACUGAAUGUUCUCGGGACUCGUGGCCCAAGGAAGAUGCACUGCAUUAUGCAUUCAAUACCUAAUUCAGCACUUGAUGCUGGCGGAUCCGUUCCCGGACAGCCUGAGCUUAUUCCCCGUUCCCUGGAGGACUCAUUCCGUAGCAUCUCAUUUUCGAAGUCUCUAGAUCAUUCCAUCGAGUUCAGCAGUUCAAGGUUUUCAGAGAUCGGAGGAUCAUGCAACGAGGAUGAUGAUGGCAAGACGAGACCCUUGGUUCUGAAAAACAAGCCUCCAAGAUGGCACGAGCAGUUACAGUGCUGGUGCCUUAAUUUCCGGGGACGAGUAACUGUCGCAUCUGUUAAAAACUUUCAGCUGAUUGCCUCCACCCAACCACCUGCUGGCGCACCGACGCCAUCUCAACCAGCUCCACCGGAACAUGACAAGAUUAUUCUGCAAUUUGGCAAAGUCGGGAAGGACAUGUUCACCAUGGAUUAUCGAUAUCCUUUAUCUGCAUUCCAAGCUUUUGCAAUAUGCUUGAGCAGCUUUGACACCAAGCUGGCUUGUGAAUAA